AUGACAGAUCGUCAAUGCAAGCCAUCAAAUCACCACUCGCAGCAGGAUAAUGUGCGGAAGCGCGUGUGCAAGGCCUGCGAUCGCUGUCGCCUGAAGAAAUCCAAAUGCAGUGGAGAUAGCCCGUGCUCACGCUGUCGUGUCGAUAACACCAUCUGCGUCUUCGGGGGGCGACAGGAGGCCUACGAUAGUGUAUACCCCAACGGGUAUGUUGAGAUCCUUGAACAGCAGCAAAUCUGGCUUGUCCAUGGUCUUCAGGAGCUUUACCUUCGUACUGUCAAGGGCAAGGCUGCUGGCCUGACACUGCUCACAUAUCUUGGCAUUAUCGACAAUGCAAAGGGUGAGCGCUUUGAGGAGAGCCUCGACGCUCUACAAUACAGCCCAUGGCUCCACGAUGGGAUACGGAUCCAGGAGCCCUCCGAUGGCAGCUCUACCAGUACUGACACCCCUGUCGCUUGUCUCCAUUUACCCAACACCUUCACUUCUGCAUACUCCCAAGGUAUCAUGAGCCCGGCUAUGCCGACAUGCAACCUUUCAAUUCAACUCACCUCAACCAAGGACGGCUCCGAACCGUCGACGGAGGCGGUUGCUGUUGACGCCACUAUGUCUUAUCUACAGUGCCAAGAAGCCUUGUGUAUGCAAGGAAUCCAUAACUCAUUGGCCGUAGACAGCGUCUCCCAGGAAUGGCCCGUUUGGAACGACCUUGAUCUGUUUGAUGAAAUGGAUCCAGCUUAUAUGGCAAUACAUGAGGAUUUGCGCUUGAACAGCCCUAUCCCCUCACCUGCAUCUGAUUUCCCGAUGUCGACGGAUGACGCUCAUCCUAGUGAUCUCAAAAAAAGCUUAGACUUACUUCUCAAAGAAGACUCGACGAUAAUUUCUUUGAUUAAGAUUCUAUGA